UACUUAAAAAACGAAGAAAAUUUCCAAACAGCGAACGGCACCAAUUUCAAAAUUCGAACUUGGCGCUCUUCACAAACACACAGUUUUCCUUUCCAUCUCUCAAAUUCUCUACCUUUGCAUUUUUCAUUCUUUCCUCUUUGGCGAUCCGGCUUUGCACUUGUUUUCUGCAAGAAAGGCAAAGGAAGCAGGAUGGGUGGGGCUCACAGUCGCGAGGAUCUUGAUAUUUCGGACUCAGAUGAGGAAGAUAACGAGCAACAAAGCGAAGUAGAAGAAGAAAACUACCAGGACUUCGAAGAGGAUGAUGAAGAGAACCGCCAGAGAUCUUCGGAGCGCCGACCCAAAACCCCAUCGUCGCUGGACGAAGUGGAGGCUAAGCUCAAGGCCCUCAAGCUCAAGUACUCUUCAUCCCAGAAUCCGAGUCUCAAAAAUGCUGUUAAACUCUACCUUCACAUCGGUGGAAACACCCCCAAAGCAAAAUGGGUAACCUCCGAAAAACUUACUUCUUACUCUUUUGUUAAAACCUCUCGAAUUGGAAACGGUGAUGAAGAAGACGAUGAUGAGGAGGAGGAAGGAGAAGAUUCUUUAUGGGUUUUAAGGGUUAGUUCAAAGAUUCGAGUGAAAGUCUCUGCUGAGAUGCAGUUGAAGACUUUUGGCGAUCAGCGUCGCGUUGAUUUUGUUGCCCAAGGUGUGUGGGCAAUGAAGUUCUUCAACGACGAGGAUUAUAAGCAAUUUGUUUCCAAAUUCCAAGAUUGUUUAUUCGAGAACACUUAUGGGGUUGAGGCAACAGAGCCCAACAAAAUUAAGGUUUAUGGGAAGGAUUUUGUUGCAUGGGCGAAGCCAGAAGUGGCAGAUGAUUCGGUUUGGGAAGAUGCAGAUGAUUCUUUUGUUAAAAGUCCUGGUUCUGCUACACCAUUGAGAGCGAAUCAGGAUCUGAGGGAGGAGUUUGAAGAGGCGGCCAAUGGAGGUAUACAAAGCUUGGCAUUGGGUGCUUUAGAUAAUAGUUUUUUGGUGGGUGACUCUGGCAUUCAGGUUGUCAAGAAUUUUACUCAUGGAAUACAUGGGAAAGGCGUUUGUGUGAACUUUGAUAAUGGAAAUUACAGGCCCACAUCCAGCUUGGUACAUUCAACCCCCAAAAAGGCUUUGCUUAUGAGGGCCGAGACUAACAUGCUCAUCAUGAGUCCAUUGAAGGAAGGGAAGCCUCAUUCUACGGGACUCCAUCACCUAGAUAUAGAAACUGGGAAGAUUGUUACAGAGUGGAAAUUUGAGAAGGAUGGAACUGAUAUUACGAUGAGAGAUAUUACAAAUGACAGCAAGGGAGCUCAGUUGGAUCCUUCAGGGUCAACAUUCUUAGGAUUGGAUGAUAACAGGCUUUGUCGAUGGGAUAUGCGUGAUAGGAAUGGGAUGGUUCAGGACCUUGCCACUUCGGCUGCUCCUAUUUUGAAUUGGACCCAAGGACACCAAUUCUCCAGAGGAACCAACUUUCAGUGCUUUGCGACCACUGGUGAUGGCUCAAUUGUUGUUGGGUCGCUUGACGGAAAGAUCAGGUUGUAUUCAAUCAAUUCUAUGAGACAGGCAAAAACAGCUUUUCCAGGGCUUGGUUCGCCUAUUACCCAUGUUGACGUUACAUUUGAUGGGAAGUGGAUUCUGGGCACGACAGACACCUAUUUGAUACUUAUAUGCGCCGUCUUCACUGAUAAAGAUGGAAAAGCAAAAACUGGUUUUGCUGGUCGUAUGGGUAACAGAAUCUCAGCUCCAAGACUGUUGAAGCUGACUCCUCUGGAUUCGCAUUUAGCUGGAACUAAUAACAAGUUCCGUAAUGCUCAAUUUUCGUGGGUGACGGAGAAUGGGAAGCAAGAGCGUCAUUUGGUUGCAACUGUGGGCAAGUUCAGUGUGAUUUGGAACUUCCAACAGGUGAAGAAUGGUUCCCAUGAGUGCUACCACAAUCAGGAGGGCCUGAAAAGCUGCUACUGUUACAAGAUUGUCCUCAAGGAUGAUUCCAUUGUUGACAGUCGCUUCAUGCAUGAGAAAUUUGCCGUCACUGACUCUCCUGAGGCACCUCUGGUUAUUGCAACCCCCAUGAAAGUCAGUUCUUUCAGCAUAUCCAGCAGGCGAUAGCAUUUUUAAGACUUGAUAUUAGUUUACUUUGUCAGUUCUCUUAGCUUCAACUUUGAAGUUUCGAAUGCUUCAUUUAAAGCUUCUCAAUUAUACCGUAAGAUUGUUGUUUAAUUAGAUACGGUUGCUAAGUGAUUUCCAGUAAUGAACCAUUUGGGCUAAUUUGUACUUGUGUGUUGCAUUUGCAGCAGUCUAAUUGUUCCAAUGGUAAUUUCGUACAAUUAUAUCUUAAUGAAGCAGAAUUUCUCAAAUUAUAUUUC